AUGCCUACUCGCGCCGACAUCACCUACUUCGGCGCCGGCCCCGCGCUGCUGCCCACCGACGUCCUCGAGACGGCGGCUCAGGCCCUGCUCGACUACAACAACACCGGCCUGGGAAUCGCAGAGCACUCCCACCGCAGCGAGAUCGCGACCAAGAUCCUCGAGGAGGCCAAGGCCGACCUGACGACGUACCUCGACAUCCCCUCCGACUACGAGAUCCUCUUCAUGCAGGCCGGCGGCAGCGGCGAGUUCUCCGCCACUGUCUACAACUUCGUCGGCGCAUGGGUCGCCCGCCAGCGUGACGCUGUGCUCAAGCGCCUGGGUGCCACCGAAGACACCCCCGAGGUUAUCGCCGAGCUCCGCAAGAUCGUCGACGAGAAGCUCAAGCUCGACUACCUCGUCACCGGCGGCUGGUCCCAGAAGGCGAGCGCCGAGGCCGCGAGACUGCUCGGCUCCGAGUUCGUCAACGUUGCAGCGGACGCUCGCAAGGUUAACGACGGCAAGUUUGGCAAGAUCCCUGACGAGAAGGACUGGAAGCUCAGCGAGGGCGCCGCUAUGGUGUACUACUGCGACAAUGAGACCGUCGACGGCGUCGAGUUCCCCGGCUUCCCCGCCUCCCUGGCACCCAAGGACAACGGCGAGGGACCCAUUGUCGUGGCUGACAUGUCCUCCAACAUCCUCUCCCGCAGGGUACCCGUCAAGAACUACAGUGCCAUCUUCUUUGGUGCGCAAAAGAACCUUGGUCUGACCGGUGUCACGGUCGUGGUCAUCAAGAAGAGCCUCCUCGCGGCGCAGCCCUCGCCCGCGCUGAUGCGCAAGCUGGGUCUCCCCAUCAGCCCCAUCGUUCUCUCCUACGAGACCAUUGCCAAGAACAACUCCCUGUACAACACCUUGAGCAUCUUUGACGUCUACGUUGCCGGACAGGUUCUCAAGAAGCUGCUGCGCACUUUCCCUGACAAGGCCGCCGGCCAGGAGGCUGUCGCCAACAAGAAGGCCUCCCUGAUCUACACCGCUCUCGAGGCGCACCCUGAUGUCUACCGCAUCGUCCCCGACAAGUCCGUUCGCUCCCGCAUGAACAUCUGCUUCCGCGUCACCAAGGGCGGCGACGUUGAUGCUACGGAGAAGGCUUUCCUCAAGGACGCCACCAGCAUCGGCUUGACCGGUCUGAAGGGCCACCGCAGUGUCGGUGGCAUCCGUGCCAGCAACUACAACUCCAUUCCUCUCGAGGGCGCGGAGAAGCUUGCUGCUUUUAUCGAGUCUUUUGCCAAGGCUUGA